GUCCAUUUCGUCGACUGAUGCCCCACUUCCGUUUCCAUCUUCACUCGUAUUAGAUUAACACAUUUUAGUGCUCGUGAGCUGCGUGGUUCGAUUUAGACGCAAAUCAGAUACACUGCAAACAUGCGGAUGUUUCUGUUGUUAGCGGUAACAGCACUGUCUCUCAGCCCCAUGCUGGUCUGCGGGUCGGAGAAGAAAAAGCUGCAGAUCGGCGUCAAAAAGCGAGUGGACAACUGCCCCAUUAAGUCCAAGAAGGGAGACGUGCUGAACAUGCACUACACGGGCAAACUGGAAGACGGCACCGAGUUUGACAGCAGUAUUCCCCGGGACAGACCCUUCACCUUCACACUGGGCACCGGUCAGGUGAUUAAAGGUUGGGACCAGGGCCUGCUCGGCAUGUGCGAGGGAGAAAAGAGGAAACUCGUCAUUCCCGCGGAGCUCGGCUAUGGCGACCGGGGAGCUCCACCGAAAAUACCCGGAGGAGCGACACUCAUCUUCGAGGUAGAACUACUCAGCAUCGAGAGGAGAUCCGAACUUUGAUGAAGGAAGGACGCUGGAAGGAAGUUAGUUUCGAAAGGAGAAGCUGACAUCUACUGGGGACCAGUGAGGCCCACCUGAUGUUUAGGAGUCUUCCAUGGGCCCUUACACCAGCAGAGCUACUACUUUUGUAAUGUGUUCUGCUGUAUUGGAUCAAGGAUAUUGAACUGAUUUGAAGAAUUGUUAAUCUUUUUUUAAUCACACAAAUGACACAUGUUCUCACAAAUGCUGUGAGGCUGGCAUAAGAUGUUACUAGCUUUUUUUGUUGAUAAUAAAAAAA